UGGUGUUGAUGUUUGGCCGCCCUUGAUAAGGUGGGCUGAUCGAUGUGUCCGGAUAGAGAAAAUGUAAAUAGAUCCGCCUGUCAAUGAGAUCCGCGUUCACUCAUGCAUCGAUUCAUUCAUCCCUACCGCCACCUAUCACGUGAUAUUCCUUUGUUGUUGUUAUUGUUGUUGUUAUUGCUGCUGCUGUUGUUGCUAUGCGGCGUGGUCUGGACCCGCCCAGAGGGGGAAAGGAUCAAUAGAAACCCCGGACCCACCGGAUUAAGCGUAUCCCGUGACCCACAUGGUUGUCGAUCACGCCGGAUGCAGUGGGUCAUUCUGUACUGUCAACCCAGCCAGUCACCUCCACACUCUACAUGGAUCCCUCCCCUUCACUGCUGGCUUGCAUCCUCUACAUCGACAUCUGGACGGGAACCAUCAUGGCAUUAACGAUCGUCAUCGCCGUGAUCUCCAUAUAUCAAGUCCAACCCUCCGGGCCGGCAUACUC